AUGCGUGUGAAGGUGAGCGUCUUGACCACCUUGGAACGGCGGUUCAACCUCCAGAGCGCCGACGUUGGCGUGAUCGCCAGCAGCUUUGAGAUUGGCAACUUGGUUCUCAUCCUUUUUGUGAGCUACUUUGGUGCCCGGGGACACCGGCCACGCUUGAUAGGAUGCGGAGGGAUCAUUAUGGCUUUGGGAGCCCUUCUUUCAGCUCUGCCAGAAUUCCUGACUCAUCAGUAUGAGUAUGAAUCCGGAGAGAUUCGGUGGCGGUCCGAAGGGAGGGACGCCUGCGUAGCCAAUGGGUCCACGAGCGACGAGGGACCAGAUCCUGAUCGGAUCUGCAGGAGCAGGACUGCCACGAACAUGAUGUAUUUGCUUCUCAUUGGGGCACAAGUCCUUCUGGGAAUUGGGGCAACUCCAGUGCAGCCUUUGGGGGUCUCCUACAUUGAUGACCAUGUGAGGCGGAAGGAUUCUUCCCUGUACAUUGGGAUCCUGUUUACAAUGCUGGUGUUUGGACCGGCCUGUGGAUUUAUCCUGGGAUCUUUCUGUACCAAAAUCUAUGUGGAUGCUGUCUUCAUUGACACAAGCAAGCUGGAUAUCACCCCUGAUGACCCUCGGUGGAUUGGCGCAUGGUGGGCCGGCUUCUUGCUUUGUGGUGCCUUACUUUUCUUCUCGUCUCUCCCGAUGUUUGGAUUCCCACAAUCCCUGACCCGCCAGCCGGAGCACAUAGCAGAGGUAGAGGAAGCCAUGUUGCCAGAAGAGGACUAUGAAAGGCCAAAACCAAGCAAUGGGAUUCUCCCACCGCACCCCAUGGAAGCCAACGAUGAUCCAUCUUGCUUCCAGCAGUUGAGAGUGAUCCCAAAAGUAACUAAGCACUUGCUGUCCAACCCGGUGUUCACCUGUAUUGUUCUUGCGGCAUGCAUGGAGAUUGCGGUGGUGGCAGGUUUUGCAGCCUUUCUUGGCAAGUACCUAGAACAGCAGUUCAAUCUCACAACGUCGUCGGCCAACCAGUUACUAGGCAUGACAGCUAUUCCCUGUGCAUGUUUGGGCAUCUUCCUGGGAGGCCUCUUAGUGAAAAAACUGAGCCUUUCUGCCCUGGGUGCCAUUCAGAUGGCGAUGUUGGUCAGCCUGGUGUCCACGGCUUGCUACGUUUCUUUCCUUUUCCUGGGCUGCGAUACGGGACCCGUGGCUGGCAUUACCGUUCCCUAUGGAAACAAGUCAACCAUCUCCAGCUUGGCCCCUUAUUCUGCCUGCAAUAGCAACUGUAAAUGUCAAAUGGAUUCCUUCACUCCAGUCUGUGGGACCGACGGCAUCACGUACUUAUCUGCCUGUUUUGCUGGCUGCACCAACAUGAAUCUCACCGGUUGCACCUGCCUCACCUUGGCCCCGGCCGGGGAUACCACAGUCGUUCCUGGGAAGUGCCCGAGCCCUGGAUGCCAAGAAGCCUUCCUGACAUUCCUCUGCGUGAUGUGCGUCUGCAGCAUGAUUGGAGCCAUGGCCCAAACUCCCUCCGUCAUCAUCCUCAUCAGAACUGUGAGCCCGGAGCUCAAAUCAUACGCUUUAGGAGUUCUCUUCCUUCUCCUCCGAUUGUUAGGCUUUAUCCCACCUCCCUUGAUCUUUGGAGCAGGAAUUGAUUCCACCUGCCUUUUCUGGAGCACCUUCUGUGGUGAACAAGGAGCAUGCGCCCUAUAUGACAAUGUUGUCUACAGGCACCUGUACGUGAGCAUUGCUAUUACCCUAAAGUCACUUGCAUUCCUCCUGUACACUACUACCUGGCAGUGCCUGAGGAAAAACUAUAAGAAAUACAUCAAGAACCACGAAGGUGGACUCAGCACUGCUGAGUUCUUUGCCUCCACUUUGACCCUGGACAACCCAGGACGAGACCCCCUUGGGCAGAAUCCCUCUCAUAGGACAAAAUUUAUCUACAACCUUGAAGACCACGAGUGGUGCGAAAACAUGGAAUCUGUUUUAUAGGGAU